AUGAACGUCCUUAUCAUCGGAAGCGGAGGACGCGAACAUGCGCUCGCAUGGAAACUCGAACAAUCGCUUCGUGUGAGAAAAGUGUAUAUGUCCCCUGGAAACUCGGCCCCUUUUGAACAUGCCGGUGAGUUCAGUGGUUUCGAAAUGUUGAAAUGAAAGUUCAAGCCGAGUUCUUUAGACGUCGAUUCAAAUGAUCCACUGUUCAUCGCGUCUUUCUGCGAAUGGACAGAAAUUGGCCUUAUUGUCAUUGGACCUGAAGCUCCACUUGCGGCAGGAAUAGUGGACGAGCUCAAAAAAUUAAUUCCAAAUGUCCUAGUGUUCGGACCAUGUACCGGAGGCGCGGCACUCGAGGUAUUUAGAACGUGCGAAACAAGCGAAAUGGAACAAUUUCAGAGUUCAAAGUCAUUUGCGAAAAGGUUCAUGAAAAUGGCCGAUAUCCGGACAGCCGACUAUCAAGUAUUCAAGCGAGGCGAAAGCUUUGAGGAGUUUUUGGACAGGUUUUGCUACGCAAACUUUUUUGAUAGAAAAAAUUCUUGCAGCUGCUCAUGGGAGGGAAUAGUUGUGAAAGACGAUGGGUUGGCCGCUGGGAAAGGAGUUAUUGUUGCGAAUACCAAGGAAGAAGCCAAGAAAGCCGCUGAGGAACUUUUUGAAGUGAAUUUAAAGACGACCAUUCGAAGGAAUUUUUUUGUUUACAGAACUCAAAUUGCCAUAGAAUUCUCUUCGAAGAGCGUCUUUUUGGCUAUGAAAUAUCGGUAGUAUAGAAAACUUAUAGAAAGGAAAAUAUAUACAAAACUUGCAGGCCUUAGCGUUCUUUGAUGGGAAAUCUUACUCAUUAAUGCCAUUCGUUCAAGAUCACAAAAGACUUCUCGACAAUGACCAAGGCCCUAAUACAGGUUUGAAAUUGUGCAGUUUUGUCACACAAACUUUCUCUCAUCAGGUGGAAUGGGCGUCAUAGCUCCUUUGGAAGUAUCUGACGAUUUGAGACGGCAAGUCGUAGACAUUUUCGACAAGACUCUGGACGAACUUUCUAAGCCUUACAUAGGUGCUGCCUUACUUACACAUACUUCAACAUACAAUAAUUUUGCAGGCGUCCUUUUUGCUGGAUUGAUGGUCGUACAGGAAGAGAUCUAUGUACUUGAAUACAACUGCCGUUUUGGAGACCCUGAAUGCGAAGUGAGUAAUUUUCAAAUAAUUGUUUAAUACUACUCCGAAAAUUUUCAGGUGUUGAUGCGCCUAUUAGAAACAGACCUCUGCGAUGUGUUGUUGUCCUGCACUUUGGGAACUUUGUCCACACUGGAUCUUCAAUGGAGUAAUCAGUUUGCCUGUGGAGUGGUUUUGGCAUCUGCGAAAUACCCCUACAGCUCGGAUAUAAAUACUCCGAUAACCUGUGAGCCAAAAAAGAGACUCCUCAGAAUGAAAACUUUAUUCAAGAUGUACCUCCGGACAAUUGCGUUGUUCGAACAUUUCACGCCGGUGCCAAACAAUUGAAUGAUCAAAGUAAGAUUUGAUGGACAAAAAAUUUCAACGAUUUCCUUUUAGUUGUUACGAAUGGCGGGCGCAUCAUGUGCGUAACCGCGUUAGCCGAUUCACUCGAAGAAGCACGAAAAAAGGCGAAUCAGGCAGCAGAAAGUGUUCGCUUCGAAGGGAAGCAGUUUAGAACGGAUAUCGGCGUCCGCCGAGAGCUGUGAGAUUUAUUUCAAUUUUAUUUUUAUAGUUCAAAUUUCAAGGAAAAAUUGUGUGACAUAUGCGGCGAGUGGUGUCAACAUUGAACAAGGCAAUGCGUUUGUCAGUGGUGUUAAAAAACUAACAUUGGCCACGCUUCUCCCAGGAACUGAGCAGGUUAGAUUGAGGGAUUUGCAAGCUUUCCAAUUAUUUGAUUUCUAAGAUUGGAGGGUUCGGAGCUCGCAUCGACUUGCCUAAGGCAGGAUUUCCUGCGAACACUCAGUUGGUGGUUGGGAUCGACGGCGUUGGCACAAAGCUCGAGGUGUUGCUCUCAAAAAUUAUUUUCAGUAGCUUCGAUUCGAGGAUUCACGCAUUUUUCAUUUCUAAGCCUGUUUGUACUGAAAGUUAGAACAAAAUUAAAGUCCAAAUCUUUACGAAUAAUUGCGAAAAUUUUUGCAUUGUUAAAGUAUAAUGAAACUUUGGAAAUUUAUUUCGUGAAUAACUGACCUAAAAAAUGAGAAAUUCUUUCAUUUUUCUAUCAAAAAGUUAGAACCUAUGAAUUAGCCUUUCAUCAUUAAAAUUAACCACAGCAUAAGUUGUGCAGGCUACAAGGUGCCAUGACUAUACCAAAAAAAUGAAUUGAACCAAUCGUUUGAGUUUCAAAUUUGCGAUUUCCUCUGUUUCGUCAAACUCUCUUGCAAAGACUGAAAACUUUUUCUUCACAAAAAAACAAAAAUCAUCAAUUUUUUUUGUUAUUAAUUCAAAAAAAUGUCAAAUCAAGGUUGCAACCGUGAUGAACGACUUCUCAAUGAUCGGCCAUGAUGUCGUUGCCAUGUGCGUCAACGACGUUCUGUGUCAUUGUGCCCAACCGAUCGCCUUCCUGGACUACUACGUCUGCGGGAAACUUGAUCGGGAAAUAGCAACCAAAGUGGUCGCUUCGAUUGCUGAGGCUUGUCUUGAGGCACAAUGCUCGCUGAUUGGUGAUGAGUUUUGUCGGAACAAUUUUAUAAAAUUUUUUUCCAGGGGGAGAAACGGCAGAAAUGCCUGGAGUCUAUUUCCCGCACCAAUGGGACCUGGCAGGCUGCGCGAUUGCAGCGCGCAAAGCUUCUUGGCCCAAUCUACCGGAGUCUGGGAAGUGAGUAAAAAAGUUUUGCUUCGACCAUAAUUACUUUUUUUCAGAAUAGAGAAAGGUGAUUUUAUAUUGGGUUUGAGCUCAAAUGGUCUCCAUUCGAAUGGAUUUUCUCUGGCGAGGAGCAUCUUGAAAGUAAAUGGAGUUUCAUAUGACAGAGCGACUCCAUGGAACAAAGAGAAAUCUUUUGGUAACUUUAUUUUGAACAAACUGCAGACCUCUGACAAUUUUAGGUGAGAUCCUGUUGGCUCCGACCAAAAUUUACGUGAAAUCGGUACUCCCCGUUUUGAAAACUGGUCUGGUUAAAGGAUGUGCGCACAUCACAGGAGGCGGACUCUUGGAGAACAUCGUUCGUGUGACCGACCCGAAUUCUGAUAAUGCUGUUGAAGUAAACUUUUUUCUCUUUUUCUGAUCAUCUAUUCUCUGAAACUAAAAUAUUGCGCACAGAUGUUGAGAAUUUCAAUUAAUACGUUCAUAAAGCGAUUGAGAGAAAUCACAAAAAUUCAUAAUAAACUUGAAAAUAAAAUAACAUUUCCUGGAAGGUCUCUUCAAUUUUGUAUAUUGAAGAUAGAUUGUGCGUCGUGGCCGUUGCCGGAGAUUUUCCAGUGGUUGGCCUGUCACGGUCCAGUGAGCCCCACAGAAAUGCUCAAAACGUUCAAUUGGUAUUGUUUAUUGAAGUAUUCAUGUCUAUUUCUGUUUUCAGUGGCAUCGGAAUGGUUCUGAUCGUUUCUCAAUCCGUAAUAAAUGAAGUAGAGCGUCAUCUUUUUGAAUUUGAUCUUGAAAUUCGCCGUAUUGGGAUGAUCGUUGAGAAACAAGGAGGUGCGUCAUUAUUUUUAAGAAAAAAAAAUUUUACUCUUUUGAAGACGAACUCAUCACGUUCAAAAACAAAAGCUCUCUCUUUAACUACAAAGCAUAUCCCCGUUGCGAAAGGAGAAAAGUCAAGGUAAGAUAAUUUCCGUGAUUAAAAAGUUGUGAAAACGUUCUUUUCCAGGUGGCGAUUUUAAUUUCUGGGGUCGGCUCAAAUAUGGUGAAGCUGAUCGAAAGGUCUCGACAGGCAGACAGCAACUGCGAGGUACCUUAUAAUUUUUUGAAAGUCAAGGCUCAAUGAGCUUUUAAGAUUGUGAUAGUGGUGUCAAACAACAAAGACGCACCAGGACUGAAGACCGCCGCUAGUAUGGGAAUCCGAACGGCUGUGAAUGAGCACACCAGAGAUCGCGUGACAGGCGACCGCAAACUAUACGAGGUUUAAUUUUCGAGAGAAUCCGCUUAUCAAUUAUUAGGUUGUUAACUAAGUUUCUUUCUUUUUUGAAUGGUUUUUUCGAAAAAUUUUUCAACCAAAAAAGCGCUUCUUACAAUUCUGCUGUUCAUAGUAUUUACUACCACACAAUCUUAAAUUCAGGUUAAAGUUUAUUUUAUUCCUGUAACAGUAAACAGAAAAAGAAUACAACUUUUUGUUCGAACUUGAAAAAUCUCGAUUUUUGGAAAGUUAUGCGAUUUUAUUUUUGAUCUUACUUUUUCAAUUUUUUUAUUUGAAUAAAUGCAAAAAAAAUAAUUUGAGGAUUUGUUCUUUCUCAUGAAACUUUUCGUUUGCUCCCAAAAACUUUGAAAAAUGAGUUACUUAUUCAAAAGCCAGAUCAGGCGAAUUUGUGAUUGGCCUACAUUGCUGAAACAAUGCGCGUCCUGUUUUUCCCCGGAAUAAAUUUGUAAUUAUUUAUCAGUUUUUAAAGUUUUUGAAAAAAAUUAUAAGCGUAACAUUAGCAACCGGCAGCUACCGUGAUACUCGAGGAUUUUAUUUUACAGCCUUUUUUCAUCAAAAAAUGUUUAUAGCACCAGGGCAGUGGUUUCUAUCCUUUCUCAAUUUUUCUUUUCUUUUGCUAUCUCUUAAGUUAAUAAAAAUAAGUAAAACAAAGGUCACUGCAGCCAUGCGUCAAAGCAGAAGCGGUUCAACUGAGUUUCUCCGACCUAAAAUUUUAAGAAACCUCAACGAACUGAAAUGACAGUUCGAUGAACUUCUGUAGGCUCUCUGACGGCGUCAAACGUUUAGAUCUUUUGGGAGAAGGAGUGACUGGAUCAAACCAUGUCUGUAAUAACUAAUCACAAAAAAUGGAGCUUCCUUAAACCGUUUAUGAAAAAAGCGUCUAAAUGCUCACCAUGUCAUUGUCAUUGAUCACUGACCAAAACUUUAAAAAAAAAGGAUUUUCGGGCUGGUUUCUCGUUUAAAAAGUCCGCUUUCCUACUAUAUUUGUACUUCCAUCCUUUCUCGUUGUCCGCAACUACAAAGCAUUGAAUCAUAGAUUUUUUUUGGAUGAAACAAAAAAAUUAUUUCGAAAAGGGGUUGAAAUCGAGUUAGUUCCCCUUUUUUGACUAUAUCAUUGCUUGUUUUGAAGUCAGGAACUCGAAAAGUAACUGUCAUGUUAACAGAUAGCUGAUGAUGGCAGUGAAAAAGUUGUUUACUGUUUGAAUCCAAGUUUGAAAAGUUAUACACCAAGAAAAACUCAACCGAAAAAGAAAGAAACUUAGUAAACGACCUAAUAGAACAACUUCAAGAUUUUGAACAAUCUCGGCGUCGAAAUGAUCUGUUUGGCCGGAUACAUGCGCAUCUUGGCCGAGAAGUUCGUAAUAAAGUUCAAAAAUCGGAUCAUCAAUGUCCACCCUUCUUUACUACCUGCUUUCAAAGGCAUGCAAUUUCUUCAGAAAAUGUUUAUUACUUGUUUGCUUGAAGGGAAAAACGCUCUUCACGAUGCUUUGGCCGCAGGUGUGAAAAUCGUUGGUUGCACUGUCCACUUUGUCGAUGUAAGUUGAAAUGAUCGAAACUCUAAUUUUUCAUUUAUUCAACAGGAGCUCGUGGAUCAUGGACCGAUCAUUGCCCAACAAGCAAUCAACGUCGAGGAUGGUGACACCUAUGAAAGUCUUCAAAAGAAGAUCCAAUGCAAGGAGCAUAUUAUUUUUCCCGAGUCGAUGAACCAAAUUGCCAACAAGAUUUUGCAGAGUAGCCUUUAA